CAGCAGUCCACAAGAGCACGUCGCGGCCGCUGGUCUCGAUUCUGAUCCGGCCGGUGCGGCCCCUUCGCCUCCACCCCGUCCCACACCACCGGCCGCGCGCCUCGCCCCGCCUCCUCGCCGGCUUAUCCCAUCCGCCGCCUGUCACCCCCGCCAAGAACUGCUGCCGUUGCGCUCGACAGCCACCAAUCCACCCUAGCCGCUAGAGCGCCGCCCCCAUCCCGCCUCUCCGCUAUUCUCUGGACCGUCACCGCGGGAUCUGUACCGCCACCCCGUCGCCACAGGAGCUGGACUUCCUGCAGCCCCGCCGUUUCUCCUCGCAGAGGUGGUCCUGUACGCGCUCACACCCCCAAGCUGCCGGCGACUUCAGUCUGAAUGGCAAGUGCAAGAGGAAAGGAUAAAGAUGGUGGGGUCAUGUCGGACGAACUAAAGGCAGUUGAAUAUCAAUUACAAAGAACUAGGCAAAUAGAAGAAAAUAGCAAGAAGCUGGCAAUUGUUCGUGAAAGACGAGAUGCACUUAGAGGUCAUAUGGAAGCAACCCAACCUCCUAACAAGAAAAGAAAGGCAUCCUCCAGAAUACCUGACAGUAGAAAUGAACAGCGUGUUUUAAGGUCGAGUGCAAGAAAAGAUGAUCUUGUAGAUUCUGGACAACAACCUUCGAAAGAGGUUAUUCAUGAGCUUGAUGGUAAUGGUAACGGUGAAAAGAAAGGUGGAAGAAAAAUUAUUCAGAAGUUAAACAUUUAUUCGAGGCAUACUAAACCUAAAAUCAAAAUUCCAUUUAAUGAGCUUGGCCAGCCUUAUGGGGCAGAUGCAACUGAAUUUGCAAAUUUCAUUGGUACUUUGGUGAGGAAGCAUAUAUCACCUGCGAAGUUAGAUUGGAGAGAUGUUGAGCUGGAAGCACAGAAGUCAUUGGUGUGGGAUCACUUACAGGCUUUCUAUGAGCUGGACUCCACUGCUCUAAGCUAUGUUUAUAACACUUCACACACUAAAUGGAAGGAAUGGAAGGCUGAUUUAAAGAAGACAAAGUUUGGUCCUGAAUUGACUGAUGAACAACUUAUGAGAAGAUGUGAUGAGAGAAUUAGUAAACGUGAUUGGGCUACCCUUAUUGAAUAUUGGAGAUCUCCAGAAUUGGAAGUAAGCCAUCCUGCCUACAUAUAUAUAGAUAUACUGAACUGA